UUCUUUCCGUCAGUCGAACGACCACCACGAAUUUUUACGGACGUUUUCAUCCGCACUCCGCCAGUGUCUGGAACAAGAUCGUACGUUUAUUUUAUGCCAAAAAAGGAAACGUCGUCUCGGGUCGGUUGUUGUUACAAGCAGAAGCCGAGUGUUUGUCUCUUGCUUGCUUACAUUCAUUAGCGAAAGGUGUUUACGGCGCUAGACAAUCCGGAACGUAGCGGUGUCCAGUUGUUCCGGCUUUUAUUUUAAUCGGCAUUACGGUUUUUGAUCGGAAGUGAAGUGAGAAAAAGAAACGGUGAAAUUCAGUGCCGCUCGAUCACAGUAGGUUCUGAUUCUGUUGGAUAGAAGCAGGAAAAAGUCAUGGCGUACUCGAACAAAUUCAUCUAUGCCACGCUGCCCCGAACGCAACGAGGUCAACCGAUCGUCCUUGGCAGUGACCCCAAGGGCAAGAACUUUCUCUACACCAACGGCCACUCGGUGAUCAUCCGGAACAUCGACAAUCCGGAAAUCGCCGACAUCUACACGGAACACUCGUGCCAGGUGAACGUGGCCAAAUACUCGCCGAGUGGCUUCUACAUAGCGUCCGGCGAUCAGUCCGGUAAGAUCCGCAUCUGGGAUACGGUCAACAAGGAGCACAUUCUAAAGAAUGAGUUCCAACCCAUCGGUGGUCCAAUCAAGGACAUUAGCUGGUCACCGGACAGUCAGAGAAUUGUGAUUGUGGGCGAAGGCAGGGAACGGUUCGGACAUGUGUUCAUGGCUGAUACAGGCACCUCGGUGGGGGAGAUCUCCGGUCAGUCGAAACCGAUCAACUCGUGUGACUUCAGGCCGGCUAGACCGUUCCGGAUCAUUACCGGUAGCGAAGACAACACGAUCGGCGUCUUCGAGGGUCCUCCAUUCAAGUUCAAGAUGACCAAGCAGGACCACACCAGAUUCGUCCAAGCUGUCCGAUAUUCUCCGAGCGGCCACUUGUUUGCUUCGGCCGGAUUCGAUGGCAAAGUCUUCCUGUAUGAUGGCACUACUUCUGAGCUGAAGGGUGAGUUUGGAUCCCCAGCUCACGGAGGCGGAGUCUACGGAGUUGCAUGGAAACCCGAUGGAACUCAGCUGCUCACGUGCUCGGGUGACAAAACCUGUAAGCUCUGGGAUGUGGAAAGCCGUACGCUGAUUAGUGAAUUCCCCAUGGGAACCACAAUCGACGAUCAGCAGGUGUCCUGUCUGUGGCAGGGAGAGCACUUGCUCUCCGUUUCGCUCUCAGGCUUUAUCAACUACCUCGAUGUAAAUAAUCCCACCAAACCUCUGCGUGUGGUCAAGGGCCAUAACAAGCCGAUCACCGCUCUAACAUUAAGUGACGAUCGUAGCACGAUCUACACGGCCAGCCAUGACGGUGCCGUUACCAACUGGAACUCUGGUUCCGGUACGAAUGACCGAGUUGGAGGUGUCGGUCAUGGUAACCAGAUCAACGAUAUCCGCGCCUCCGGAGAUUUCGUUUACACGGCCGGAAUCGAUGACUCGAUCAAGCAGAUUAGCAUCGAGGGUAACACUUAUACCGGCGUGGAUGCAAAGCUGAGCUGCCAACCAAGGGGAAUGGAUAUCCUGAAGGAGGGUAACAUCACCGUGGUUGGAUGCGUGAAGGACGUGACUGUGCUGCAGGACGGUCGGAAAGUGUCGUCGAUUCCGAUCAACUUUGAAUCGAGCAGCGUCAGUAUCAACGCGGAAACUUUGGACGUUGCUGUCGGAGGCAACGACAACAAAGUGCACGUGUUCAGCCUGAAUGGAACGGAGCUGAGUCCUAAGUUGGAAGUGGACCAUCUGGGGCCGGUUACGGAUUGCAAAUAUUCUCCGGACAAUAAGCUGCUGGUGGCGUGCGAUGCCAAUCGGAAGGUGAUCUUGUACAGCGUACCGGAGUAUAAGCCUUCUCACAAGCAAGAAUGGGGCUUCCACAACGCUCGCGUCAACUGUGUGGCCUUCUCGCCCAACUCGCUGCUGGUGGCCAGCGGUUCACUCGACACCACCAUCAUCAUCUGGUACGUCAACGCUCCUGCCAAGCAUACCAUCAUCAAGAACGCCCACCCCCAGUCGCAAAUCACCGGUCUGGUUUGGCUCGACAACGAGACACUGAUCUCCACGGGACAAGACUGCAACACCAAGGUAUGGAACAUUACUGAGACUGGCGCCUAAAAGGGCGUGCGAAUCGUACUGCGGAAGGACAAACACACACACUUCCUGCAGGAAUAUUACCGUGUUUUACGUUUGAAGGCGCUAGCGUUUGUUUCGGUGUAGUUUUACGUUCGUUUCAUUAGAACUUAUGGGUGUGAUUAGGUGCAGUAGCAAUGCGCAAUGGUAAGAAUGGCCAACCAGGAAACGAAUGAUGCUGUUGAUGUUGCCAAGGAUGACCCAAUAAGAACGCUAUUAUUUAUUUGCAUGCAGUAAUUUAUCCCAGCGUCGAUACCGCUUCGAAAGCGCUGCAAGCGGUACCAAUUACAACAACUUUGUAGUACGAAAUAGCCGAAGAAAUCGUUGAGCGAGGCCUUCCCCAGUAAUGCAUUUUUAGGUCGACAUAUUUAAUCAGGUUUUCGUUUUGAUGUGGCACUCUGCGCAUUUGGUUGAAGAUGAGUGAUUUCUGUUCGUUUCAUACCUCCUCCCAUUACACGUUGGUUGCCGUUGUGGCGCCAAUUUGUUACUCACAAUCUUGCUUUUUUCGGAAAUUGUGACUUUUGUACUAACCCACGAAACACUCUCAGAGGCAUUUGGAUAUCGUAUUUUUUUCUGUUUCAACUAUUUUUCGGAUGGCUUUUAUAAGUGUAAUCGAACGGAGGGGAAAUCGACCGAUUUUGAUCGUGUUCCUUGUGUGUGACGCAUUGUAUCGAAACGAAUUAUACAUAUUUAUAAGAUAAAUACAAAAUAUUGAUUCAAUACUAAACUGCA